AUGUUGCAUCUCGCGGCCAAGCUGAUGGCCUUCUUUUGGAGGAGGGCGGACGGCCCCAAGGAGAUGACUGGGCUGCAGGAGCUCGAGCUUCUGGAAGGUGACACCAAGUUGAAAACCGUGCAGGGUGUCGUGACAAGGUACUGCAGCGAUUAUGGCAUGAUUGACGACUUGAUCUACUUCUCCAAUGAGGCUGUGAGUAGCAAGAUGCUUCUGAAUGUUGGACAGGAAGUUAUUGCAGUGGUGGAAGAAAAUAAAGUAUCCAACGGACUGAAAGCAAUCAGGGUGGAAGCUGUCUGCAAUAAAUGGGAAGACGACAGCCAAAACCACAGCCAGGGGCUGUCAGACUCCACCCCUCGCUUGCUCAUUGGCUGUGUGACUUCGUUGAUGGAGGGUGCUGGCUACAUCAGUCAGACCACGUACUUCUCAAUGGAGAGUGUUUGUGAAGGUUUCCAGCCGUGCAAGGGAGACUGGGUGGAGGCCGAGUACUGGAUCCGGCCAGGCACGUGGAGCAGCGAGGCCGUGUCUGUGAAGCCGCUGAGGUUCAAGCGCGUGGACAGGGUCUGCAUCUCCAGCCUCUGUGGGAAAAACGGGGUCAUAGAUGACAGUAUCUUCUUCACCUUGGACUCUCUGAAACUGCCUGCGGGGUACGUGCCCCAGCGGCACGACGUGGUCAGUGCUGUGGCCGUGGAGAGCAGCCAGUCCUGCUACGUCUGGAGAGCCCUGUGUCUGACGCCGGUGACAAGGCGGUAAGGGGGACCGGCUUAGGCCGCUGAGGAGUCCUACAGGGCCCGUUUAUUGGAAAACAAAGGUGAUGUUGAAGUCACGAGGAUGACAGACUUUGGAAUGCUCAAGGAGGGAGGAAGGAAGAGCAUGGUGAUCUGGAUGGAAAAUAAAGGAAAUGCUCCUCAAAACCUCGUCAGCUGCAGACUGGCGGGCUGGGACAGAGCCAGGCAGUUCAGGGUCCAGAUGCUAUGGGAGGCCCCGCCAGGGCCUGGUCCUGAGGAGAAGGACGAGGGUCGUUCGGGUGACAGUGUCACUGGCUCGUCAGAUGGCCACAGCGAGAACAGAAGCCAGCAGAUGCUGGGGAGCAGCUUGGAGAGCAGCGGGGACGUCGCUCCAGAUGACUGUGCCUGUAAAGGGGAAAAUAGAGGAGAAGAACAAAGUGUACCAGGGAAGCAAGUGACCGAGCUGGAACCCACUGGGCUCAUCCCUCCAGGUGGAAAAACCCAGAUUAUGAUCAUUUGUGAUGCAAAGCACCCCGGCCGCUGCAGGGAGCUGCUGCUGCUCUGCUUCCCCACUUUUGUCAUCGGCCGCUUCCUUCACGUGGAUGUGGUCAGCUCCGAGGAGUCGCUGUUAGCUGCCCGAGAGCCCUUCUCCUGGAAGAAGUCGACAAGUCCCCCAGCACCGGCUCCCGCAAAAACAACCGUUGUCGUGACCACACAGAAAAGGAACUCAAGACGACAACUUCCAAGUUUUCUUCCCCAGUAUCCAAUACCAGAUAGACUUAAGAAAUGUGUGGAACAAAAAAUUGACAUUCUGACUUUCCAGCCGUUACUCGCUGAGCGUUUGAACAUGUCAAACUACAAGGAGAAGUUUUCGACUUUGCUCUGGCUUGAGGAGAUUCAUGCCGAAAUAGAACUGAAAGAGUAUAACAUGAGUGGGGUCACCUUGAAGAGAAACGGGGACCUACUGGUACUGGAGGUCCCUGGACUGGCUGAGAGCCGGCCCUCUCUGUAUGCAGGUGACAAACUGAUCUUAAAAACUCAGGAGUACAACGGACAUGUCAUCGAGUACGUCGGCUACGUGACUGAGAUUCAUGAAGAAGAUGUAACUCUUAAACUUAAUCCAGAAUUUGAACAAGCGUAUAACUUUGAACCUAUGGAUGUGGAAUUUACAUAUAACAGGACCACGAGCAGACGGUGUCACUUUGCACUUGAACAAGUCAUCCACUUAGGUAUAAAAGUGUUGUUUCCAGAAGAAGUCAUUUUACAGUCUCCCCAAGUGACGGGCAGUUGGAACGAUGCACAAGCCAGCAGGCACACUGCACAGCCUGCCACUAAGAAUAGGAAAGCUGUAAAGGACCAAACUAAGCCUGCCACCCAGGCGAGGCAGGCGAGUGCCCAGGACAGGCCAGGACUGGUGGCCUUUGCUACAGGGACAGCCAGUGAAAUUCAGAGCCCAGAAGCCGGGGAGAAGGAGUUUUUCAAUCCAGUGCUCAAUGAAAACCAGAAAUUGGCCGUUAGAAGAAUCCUGAGUGGUGACUGCCGCCCGCUUCCGUACAUUCUUUUCGGACCUCCUGGGACUGGGAAGACAGUGACAGUAAUAGAGGCGGUUUUACAGGUGUACCACACCUUGCCGGACAGUCGGGUCCUGGUGUGUGCGCCCUCCAACAGUGCCACGGACCUGGUGUGUCUGCGGCUGCAUGAGAGCGGGGCGCUGCGGCCGGGCACCAUGGUCCGCGUCAACGCCACCUGCAGGUUCGAGGAGACAGUCAGCCAGGCAGUCAGGCCGUACUGCAGAGACGGGGAGGACAUCUGGAGAGCCUCGCGCUUCCGGAUCGUAGUCACCACGUGCAGCAGCGCCGGGCUUUUCUACCAAAUCGGGGUGAGAGUUGGACACUUCACGCAUGUGUUUGUGGACGAAGCGGGGCAGGCCAGUGAGCCCGAGUGCCUCAUCCCUCUGGGGCUGGUUUCUGACGUCAGUGGCCAGAUCAUCCUGGCCGGAGACCCCAUGCAGCUCGGCCCCGUCAUCAAGUCCAGACUUGCCAUGGCCUAUGGGCUGAAUGUGUCCAUGCUGGAGAGACUGAUGUCCCGGCCAGUGUACCUGAGAGACGAGGACGCCUUCGGCGCUUGUGGUGCCUACAACCCCUUGCUGGUCACGAAGCUCGUGAAGAACUACAGGUCCCACGCAGCCCUGCUGGCGCUGCCCUCCAGACUGUUCUACCACAGAGAGCUCGAGGUCUGUGCGGACCCCAAGGUCACCAACUCCUUGCUGGGCUGGGAGAAACUGCCAAAGAAAUCCUUCCCCCUCCUCUUCCACGGCAUGAGGGGCAGCGAAGCUCGUGAAGGGAGAAGCCCAUCGUGGUUCAACCCAGCCGAAGCCGUGCAGGUCAUGCGUUACUGCUGCCUCCUGGCCAGGAGCGCCUCGAGCCAGGUGUCUGCCAGCGACAUUGGUGUGAUCACGCCCUACCGGAAGCAGGUGGAGAAAAUCAAAAUUCUUCUGAGAAAUGUGGAUCUGACGGACAUAAAGGUCGGGUCGGUGGAGGAGUUCCAAGGCCAAGAAUACCUGGUCAUCGUCAUCUCCACCGUGCGGUCAAAUGAAGACAGAUUUGAAGAUGACAGAUACUUUUUGGGUUUCUUGUCCAACUCGAAAAGAUUUAACGUGGCCGUCACCAGGCCCAAAGCCCUGCUGAUAGUGGUGGGGAACCCUCACGUUCUCGUCAGAGACCCCUGCUUAGGUGCGUUGCUGGAGCACAGCAUCACGAAUGGCGUGUACACCGGGUGUGACCUGCCACCCGAGCUGCAGGGUCUGCAGGGCUGUGGCUAGAACUGCGGCCUGCCCUCCCUGCCCAGCGGAGCCAGGAUUCAAGGCACCAGGGCAGACCUGGUCUGGAGCUCCCUGUUGAUAAGGGACAGUGGGAAGGCAGCACAGCCGACCCCCAGGAGCUGCUCUCAGCCCUGGCAGCUACGCUGGUGGCACCUGCUCACCUUGCCACCCGCUCUGCACCCAGCGUGUUCCUGCCCUGUAGUACAGCCCAUCACCAAAAUAAACGCAGUUAUGCUUCA